ACAAACUAGGACUGACAAUUAUACAGUGACAAAACUAACUAGGACUGACAAUUAUACAGUGACAAAACAAACUAGGACUGACAAUUAUACAGUGACAAAACAAACUAGGACUGACAAUUAUACAGUGACAAAACAAACUAGGACUGACAAUUAUACAGUGACAAAACAAACUAGGACUGACAAUUAUACAGUGACAAAACAAACUAGGACUGACAAUUAUACAGUGACAAAACUAACUAGGACUGACAAUUAUAGUGACAAAACUAACUAGGACUGACAAUUAUACAGCGACGAAACAAACUGAUGACCAGAGCCGGGCACCACAAACACAUUAGAAAGAACCUCAAGCAAAAGAUAACUUGGACUUAUUAAAAGGAAGGAAGGGAUGAAGAUAGACAGAGGAGGAGGAGGAGAGAGAAUGAACGAAAGGAAAUGAGAUGUAAGAUUUGACCAUUAGAAAGAAUGUCACGCAAAAGAUAACUUGGACUUAUUAAAAGGAAGGAAGGGAUGAAGAUAGACAGAGAGGAGGAGGAGGAGGAGUGAAAGGAGAAGAAGGAGAAACGGAUAUAGAAAGAAUUGGAGGAAGAGGAGAUGAAGGAAGAAUAGAGGAGGAAAGAAUGGAGGAAAGUCGGGGAAGGGGAAUGGAAAUGAGAAGGAGGAAAAGUGAAAAAGGAAUAAAGGAGAAAGGAGAAUAGAAGGAACUGGAUUAUGAGCAGCAGGAGGAGGAGGAGAGAGAAUGUACGAUUGGAAAAUGAGAUGCAAGAUUUGACCACCAGAAAGAAUUAUAAACGUUAAUUAAGCAAAAGAUAACUUGGACUCAUUAAAAGGAAGGAAGGGAUGAAGAAAGACAGAGAGGAGGAGGAGGAGGAGAGAGAAUGGACAAAAGGAAAACGAGAUGAAAGAUUUGACCACCAGAAAGAAUGUCAAGUAAAAGAUAACUUAAGACUUAUUAAAAGGAAGGAAAGGAUGAAGAAAGACAGAGAGGAGGAGGAGGAGGAGGAGAGAGAAUGGACAAAAGGAAAACGAGAUGCAAGAUUUGACCAGAAAGAAUGUCAAGUAAAAGAUAACUUAAGACUUAUUAAAAGGAAGGAAAGGAUGAAGAAAAACAGAGAGGAGGAGAAGGAGGAGGAGGAGAGAGAAUGGACAAAAGGAAAACGAGAUGCAAGAUUUGACCACCAGAAAGAAUGUCAAGUAAAAGAUAACUUAAGACUUAUUAAAAGGAAGGAAAGGAUGAAGAAAGACAGAGAGGAGGAGGAGGAGGAGAGAGAAUGGACAAAAGGAAAACGAGAUGCAAGAUUUGACCACCAGAAAGAAUGUCAAGUAAAAGAUAACUUAAGACUUAUUAAAAGGAAGGAAAGGAUGAAGAUAGACAGAGAGGAGGAAGAGGAGGAGGAGGAGGAGGAGGAGAGAGAAUGGACAAAAGGAAAAAGAGAUGCAAGAUUUGACCACCAGAAAGAAUGUCAAGUAAAAGAUAACUUAAGACUUAUUAAAAGGAAGGAAAGGAUGAAGAAAGACAGAGAGGAGGAGGAGGAGGAGGAGAGCGAAUGGACAAAAGGAAAACGAGAUGCAAGAUUUGACCACCAGAAAGAAUGUCAAGUAAAAGAUAACUUAAGACUUAUUAAAAGGAAGGAAAGGAUGAAGAUAGACAGAGAGGAGGAGGAGGAGGAGGAGAGAGAAUGGACAAAAGGAAAACGAGAUGCAAGAUUUGACCAGAAAGAAUGUCAAGUAAAAGAUAACUUAAGACUUAUUAAAAGGAAGGAAAGGAUGAAGAUAGACAGAGAGGAGGAGGAGGAGAGAGAAUGGUUGAGAGAGAAAACUGAAGAAAAACGAAGAAUCAGAGCAAAUGGGUCAAAAAGAAAACAAGGAAAUGAAAAAAGAAGGAAGGAUGUAAUGCUGACUUGCCUUCCAUAACUCACUUAGCCAGGGGUGGAUACCUCUUUGGCCGACUGGUAAAGGAGUGCCUCUCCCGUUACACUGGUCGCGGGUUUGAUCCCCGGCGCCGGUAAAACCUUUCCUUGUCUGGAUUAAUUCCUCGUGUGUUUCGUUACACGCUGAGAUCGUGUGGGAGUGGAGAAAAGAGAAAAUUCUGGCAUUUCAAGGAAACAUUCAAUCAUUAAAUUAAAGGUGUUAGAACUGUUGCUUGAAGGGAAAGGGACGAGUUAAUUUGUAAGUGUUGCUGUAAUAUAAGUAACUUGAUAUAUUAUACUGUGGUGGUGCCUCGCUCUACCAACACCAGCUAACCAGUGAUAGCCCAUCCUCACUAACACACUGAACCAAGCACAAUAUCAUCGCCGCUAUUAAAGUGACACACUCCUUAUGUCCUUUAUACAGCAUUCCUUGACCUAAAUUGUCCUAUCUAUCUUCGUGUGACUCUUCGUGAUGUCUCCCACUCCUGGUCCGGUCUCCAGUCUUGGUCGUUAUCAGCGCGGGCGCCCAAUGUGUCAGGCCUCUGUUCCUGGGUAUGUGGGACAAGACACAGGCGGUGCCCCACGAGUCAGGUCUCCGUCACGGCAGCGCCUGGGUGUGUGGGACAAGACACAGGCGGUGCCCCACGAGUCAGGCCUCCGUCACGGCAGCGCCUGGGUGUGUGGGACAAGACACAGGCGGUGCCCCACGAGUCAGGUCUCCGUCACGGCAGCGCCUGGGUGUGUGGGACAAGACACAGGCGAUAGAAGGGAUUCCAUAUGACACGGGAAACUGUUACCUAUCUACACUUUGCCCCCUCUCUCUCUCUUUCUCUCUCUCUCCCUAGCUCCCUUAUUCUCAUUCUCUCUCUCUCUCUCUCUCUCUCUCUCUCUCUCUCUCUCUCUCUCUCUCUCUCUCAUCAUCUAUCUCCCCCUCUUUCUUCCUUCAUUUCUCCCCUAUACACUCUCUCUCUCUCUCUCUGUGUCUCUGUCUCUCUCCUUCUUUAUCAUUUAUCUCCGCCUUUCUUCCUUCAUUUCUCCCCUGUACUCUCUCCUCUAUCAUCUAUCUCCCCCUCUUUCUUCCU